AUGCCAUGGGACCCCUAUCUGACUCCGAUUAAUAGUCCUACGAAUAUCUUCCCAAGUGUCUGGAACAAUCAAGGCACUGAUCAAGAGCUACCAUGCCAAUAUAGUAACGGAGAAGACUUCCCUGCCUUUGAUGCGCCUUCCCAGCCAGUCAUUGAGAGCCAACAAGCUAUCUUUGGGCCACACGAGUUACCGGACUUACCCCAACUACCAGUCCAGCCCUUGAUGUCUCCUGCUGAUCUUACGCACCAUUCCAAGGUUGCUGGAUAUGAUUCUCCUACAAGCCAUCUAUUCGCAAGUCCAAUUUGGCCUCCAGAUGAAAAUGUUUAUACGGGAAGUCCCGAAUUUUUGAAUGCGGCCAAUGAAGUCAACAUCGCUUCUAGUUGGGGUCUUAUGGAUGGCUUGGAGUCGUGCGAUGAAUCAUUUUCACAAAUCAGGGAAAUUUGCGGCACAAGCAAGAAGAUGCCAAUCUUGCAGCAUGCGAGAACGAGGUCGCUCACAAGGCGGAAAGAAAAGCCUAACAUCGAGCCAUCAGUCGCCUUUGGGAGGAAUAUGAACAGAUGCGGCUUCCGAGGGUGCGGUCGAGUAUACCAAAGAAUCGAGCAUCUGAAACGUCAUGUCAACAUGCGCGUUGACAACCUGAGGAUCCAUCGAAAGCUGCACGCACGUCAGCCAAGCCGCCACGCUAGAGUGCAAUUUGUUCCUGAAGCAGCAGUGAUUCUUGAAGAGGAGAUGCGAAUUAAGGAGGCGAGGUGA